AUGGAGCAAAAUAAUAACAACGACGGUUCUAUAGAACAAAUAAGACCAACAAGUUAUAAUUAUGAUGUAUUAUUUAAAACAUGUAAAGAUUCCGAAAAUGAUAUAAAAAAUACCCACAUGAUGCAUUCCCAUUAUGGAUUUUAUAAAGGCGAACUAAAUGAAAAUAAAAUUAAAAAUGGCACCGGUACAUUUAUAUUUUCAAAAUCAAUUUAUACAGGACAAUGGAAUCUAGAUAAAAGAGAUGGCGACGGCACAAUGGUACUAUUAAAAAAUGUAAAAAGUAAACCAAUACCAUCGUCACCAAAUCCACUACAACAACAGCAGAAAUCAAACACACCAAUUAAGAAACCAACUACACCAAAUAAUCUUUCACCAAGACUAACAGUAACUCAACGAUUCGAUGAUAAAAUUGUUGGAAAAAUUAAAGAAAAAUUUAAUAAAAGAGAAGAAAUCGUUAGACAACAAACUGAUGCUGAAUAUUUAAAACAACAGGACUACUACUCUGGUAAAUGGUUGGAUAAUAGAGCAAAUGGUGUUGGUAAAUUUCAUUUUUCAGGUGAUGGUUCAACUCAUUCAGAUUUUUGGAGAUCAGGUGUUGCCAUUAGAUAUGCGAACCAAAACAAUAUAUUGAAGCCACUAAGUGAAGAUUCUUUACCAGCGAUUAUGAACAGUAAAGAUUUUUUAAAUGGAAUGAUCGAAGACUGGAUCAAUAUUUUCCGUGUAUAUAAAGAUGAAGAUUUUCCAUGUGCUAGACCUUACCUUUCAACCCCCACUACAUCACUAGGUUUAACUCAAAAUGGUUCUAUAACUCCACCUCAAUCAUCACUACUCUCACCAACACAAACCCCAUUAUCACCACCAAGAUCAUUAAUGAACUCUAUUCCAGGUACACCAAUUAGUAUUUCCGAUGAUGAACCCACUACCUCACCACCAGUUUCAACAAGACCACCAUUUUCAACCAGUAUACCAGGAUCACUUCAACAUUCACGCACCCAACCAAAUGUAGCACAAUCACAAUCACCAAUACAAAAUAAUAAUUUAUCAGAACAAAAAUAUUUAGAAUCAUUAUAUAAUCAAAGCUAUCAGCAUAAAUUUUUAAAGCAACAAGUUUCAAAAAUAGUUUCAACUCAACCUCAAUCUUUUGGUAUCUAUACAGCGCAAUAUAUUAAACAUAGAAUAGAUACAGAGGAUAAAUUUUUUUUAUCAUUAAUUUUUUUUAUCUCAAAAUGGGUCAUUCCAUACAAAUCAUUUAAUGUACCAAACAAUCAAAAUACAAUUGCAAGCUUUAUAAUUUUUGUGCCAGAUCUUGAAAAAUGUACAUUCGUAUCACUACCAAAUCUAAUUAUGCAAACCUCAAUUAUGGAAAAGUUAAUAUAUAAGCUUUUGGUGGAUCCAUUAACAAAAAACUUAACAGAUAACUACUAUUCAACUGGCUCCGGUAAUAGAUCACCAAAUAGCAACUCCCCAAACAUUUCACCUUCCACUUCAUCUGGCAAUGUAUCAGAAACCAUCUCUUUACCUAGUAGUACACCAGAAGAGAAAGAACUCCAUAAACUUUUCCCGGUUUCUUUGGAUCUCGACGAUACCCCAUCAACCGAGAAAGAGUGCAUGGCUGCUAUUUUAAAUAUUUUUAAACAAUUCCCAACCAUUGAAGGAUAUCAACCACCUCAAUUCAUCCUGGAUAAUAUUGUUAAUAUGGUUUCAAUUUUCAAGAAAACUAAAGCUUUAGAAAGUUAUUUACUACAAAAACAAUUUAAUACUUUAAAAGAAUAUUACUUUGCAUUUAAGACCAGACCAACAAGUGCAUCAAUGUCAUCAACCUCUUCUCCACUUUCCAAUGCGUCUAUUUCUUUAUCAUCUUCAUCCCCAUCAUCAGCAAACCCAAAAACACUUAGAUCUACAAAACACUCUGUACCCUCACUUUCAGUAUCACCAACUGGUUCAUCACCAACUAAAUCGAUCAUCACACUUUCAAACAAAUAUGAUGUAACAACCUCGAGCACGACAAGAAGCAACCACAAUGUUUAUGGUACCCUCUCAUCAAGAAGAAAAACUUUAGAGUCGAUAUUUCCAACUAAACAAAAUUCAAACUCAGAUUUACUGUCAUCAUUAAUGGAAUCAACCACAGAAAAAUCUAAAUUUAAUGAUACUUUACCAGAAUUAACCCUACAAUCCGUCAAUGUAUUAUUUAGUAUUUUUAAAUCAUCUUAUCAGUUCCCCGAAUCACUAACUCAAUCGGUAAAGCAUUUAGAAAGUAUUCAGCAAUAUAUCAAUAAUAUGAGAAACAUUAUAAAUUCAAAAAUAAAAGCAAUUAAAGAAGCAAAACCAAAACCAAACGAAUAUAGCUUAUUUUCAAACAAUGAAACUAAUGAAAAGAAAAUUUAUAAUGAAUACCUUUUAAGACAAGAUCAACAAAUUGAAAACUUAAUAACAAAUUUCCAAAAUGAUCUUUCACAACUAGAGGUAUCCUUUGAAGUUACCCAAAAACUUUAUAAAGAGUUAGCAAGCCAACAAGUAUAUCUUACAUUAAAGCGUUUAAAGGAAGCACAUAAUUUUAUAGAUCAACUUUUAAACCUUACCCCAAAUAGAACCAGCAAACUACCCAAAGAAUUUACACAUAGAUUUAUAAAGCAUACCCAUAAGAUCACAUAUUUACUUUUAGAUUCAUGCAACCAAUCCGCCAUAUUUAAAUUGGAGGAAAAUGUUAGAAAAGAUGUUGAGAAAUUUAUAAAAGACUCCUCAACUCUUUUUUCAAUUGUUUCAUCAAGAACCAAUGGAGCAACAUCACCAACAAAUGCCUCAACACCAAGUCCAUCAAAUCAAUCACCAACCCUUAGUUCAAUUUCAUCUCCUGGUAUAGAGUAUUUACUCUCAAAGAAAUCACUCUCCCCAACAAACUCAACAAAUGUAUUAAAUAUUGGUCAACAAUCAAAUCACUUUAUAAAAACAGAUAAAUCCUAUUUACAAUUUGAACCAUCAGAUAUCCUUCCAGGCCCAAUAUCACUAAUUUCAUCACUAGAUAAGAUCCCCGAGGAAAUUGUUUCUGGGUACUAUCACUUGAUUUUACCUGUAGCCUCUUGUGGUGACGAACUUUUGGUUUCAGUUUUAUCAGAUGGCUUUUUAGAUUUAAAAAAACAUAUCACCCCAGAGAAACUUAAAGAUUUCAACAAGUCAAGUUUAGUACAACUAUUUAAUAUUUUAAUUCACAGCACAAUUAUUAGCCAUAAUUUAUCGUACAUACCAGAAGUUUUCAAAAUUUUAAAUUUAUUGUUACCAUUUUAUCCUAAAAAAGAUGAACUAUUUAUUAAAUACAAAGAUGUUUUAUUUGGAUUUAUGGAUUUAUCAUUUAAAGAUGACUCAUGCGAAUUUGGUAGUUUAUAUUUAACAUUUUUAGCUUUAUUAUUAAGACCCAAAAAGAAAGGUAUUAGAAAAGAUUUAAAGAAAGAAUUUGUCGAAAUGUUUCCAAUUUCACUAUUCAUUUCAUUAUUAGAAAGACCAAUUGUAGAUGCAACAAAUAAAAAUGCUGAAAAAAUGAAAGCUCAAUCUGCUCAAAUUUUAAUUAAUCUUUCUAUCUCAUCAUCGGAAUAUUUAUUAGAAGUUAAAAAUAAAAACGCCUUGGCUCCAAUUUUAGAUAUUUGUAAAUUUAAUCAAGCUCAUUCCCACAAACAAAUUGAAGAAGGUGAAUUGACCAUAUGUGAAUAUUUAGGUGAAGGUGCAUUGGCAACCGUUAGUAGGGGUAUAUUUAAGGGCAAAGAAGUUGCGGUAAAGAUUUUUAAUGAAGGCUCAUUUUCAUUCCGUUUGGAAGAUUUCUUAAAAGAAGUUGCAAUAUUAGGCUUCCUCAAUCACCCCAAUUUAUUAAAAUUAAAAGGUGCGUGUAUCGCACCCAAAACCAAUGCCAGCUCAACCUUUAUGAUCGUUACUGAACUUAUGCACAAGGGUACUCUUUUAGAUGUUAUCAAUAAAAACAAACCACUAUCAACUCAGCAAAUUAUUAAAUAUGCAUUAUCGGUUGCUCAAGGUUUGGAAUAUUUACAUGGCCUACAUUUUAUUCAUAGAGAUAUCAAAGCCGCAAAUAUCUUGGUUGAUAAAGACAAUAAUGCUAAAGUUGCUGAUUUUGGUAUGAGUAGAGUAAUAGAUAUAAACUUCAAUAUGACCGCUGUUGCGGGUACUCCAAAGUGGGAAGCUCCAGAAUGUUUAAUAGGUGAAACCUAUACCUCUGCCGCAGAUGUUUAUAGCUAUGGUAUGCUCCUAUUCGAAAUGGCCACAAGUGAAGAACCAUACAUGGAAAUCAACUCUAUUGCCGAAUUGUUUAAAACUGUUUGCGAAAAGAAAACCAAACCCAAAAUUCCAAGCAGUUGUCCAAGCUUCCUUUCCAAUCUAAUUAAAGAUUGUUUAAAUAACUCACCAAAGAAAAGACCAACAAUGAACCAAAUUAUUCAAAAACUACUUUCAGAAUCUAAAAAACAAUAAUCGCUGCCACUAUAAAUUAAUUUUGUACAUUACACAAAUAUAUAAAUAAAAAUAAAAAUAAAAUAAUUAAUGGAUAUAUCUUC